AUGCAGGGCCUCAUCGCCGCGGCACUGCUUUGCGGCGGGUUGGUUGCCGGCCGGCCCGCAGCUCAAGCCGUCGGACCAUGCACCAAGCUCUCGUCAUCGACAACGAAGUGGGACGUGGUCAACUUGGGCUUCAGUGCCUCAUACGACUCAAGUACCACCCCGAAAUCGGCCAAUGGUUCCGUGGGCUCCAUCAGCUUCGAGCUAGCCAACGCCGCGGUGGCAUACCGGGCCAACUGCAGCGCGCAGUCCACCGAGGCGCCCGACUUUUUCGACGGCCAGCAAGAGUACCGCUCGACCGCGCUGGCGCCCGCUUCCGCCGCCGCCGCCGCCGCCGCCGCCACGGUCAAGUCGGGUCAGCACUCUGCAGCAAUACCAGGAGCAGCAGUAGCACCCGUCCUCGAUGCCCGACUGGACACUUCGUCCCUCCAAGAGCGUGCCAUCAACCGCUCGCCCCAAGGCUACACGCCCUCACCCGUCGACUGCCCCUCGCAGCGCCCGCAGAUCCGCAAUGGCUCGUCGCUAUCGCCCGAGGAGAAGGCCUGGCUCCCCAAGCGCCGCAACGACACCAUCCCGCACAUCCGCUCGCUGCUCAAGCGGAUAGCCAUACCCGGCUUCGACAGCGAUGGCUACCUCAAAAACGUCGAGAAAAAUGCCACGGCGUUGCCCAACAUUGGUCUCGCAGUCUCCGGCGGCGGCUACCGUGCCAUGCUCAACGGUGCCGGCGCCCUGGCGGCCUGGGACAGCCGCUCCGACGGCAGCCAGACCGCUGGUAACCUCGGCGGCCUGCUACAGAGCGCGACCUACCUGUCUGGUCUCUCCGGCGGAGGCUGGCUUGUCGGUAGCAUCUACACCAACAACUUUACCUCCGUCCAGGAUGCCGUUAACUCGCCGAGCAUCUGGAUGUUCGACGACUCCAUUCUAAAGGGUCCUGAACAGUAUAGUCUCCUCCAAUACUAUCGAAACAUCCUCGACGCCGUCGACGGAAAGGACCAGGCCGGCUACGACCGAUCCAUCACCGACUACUGGGGCCGCAUGCUGUCGUAUCAGCUCAUCAACGCUACCGACGGCGGGCCGGGCUUCACAUUCUCUUCCAUUGCCGACGAUGCCGGCUUCUCUUCAGGCAAGACGCCGCUGCCGUUCCUCAUCGCCGACGGCCGCGCUCCCGGCCAAAAGGUCAUUUCCUCCAACUCUACCAUUUUCGAGUUCACUCCCUGGGAGCUCGGAUCCUCGGAUCCAACGCUCGAUGGCUUCGUGCCCCUCCGAUACGUUGGCUCCAAAUUCAACAACGGCACGUUGCCCAGCAGCGAGAAGUGUAUCGAGGGCUUUGACAAUGCCGGCUUUGUCAUGGGCACCUCGAGCUCCCUCUUCAACCAAAUCGUCCUCUAUCUCAAGGACAAUACGUCCAACAACUACGUCCCAGCCGACGUGCCCAAAUUCAUCAUCGACGCGCUCACUAAAGUCCUCGAGGCUCUGGGCGAUAGCAGCAACGACAUCGCCGACUGGACUCCGAAUCCCUUCAAGGGAUGGAACGCUGCCAAGAACCCCGGCGCUGGCUCGGAGCGCCUCACACUCGUCGACGGCGGCGAGGACUUACAGAACGUCCCGUACCACCCGCAUCUCCUCCGAGAUCGCGCCGUCGACGUGGUCUUUUCGGUAGAUUCGUCUGCCGACACGGAAACGAGUUGGCCCGACGGUGCCUCUGCCAUUGCAACCUACGAACGUUCCAUCGAGAACAUCUCGGUCGGCACGGGCUUCCCCGCCGUCCCCGGCAAAGACACAUUCCUCAAUCUCGGUCUUAACACCAAGCCCGUCUUCUUCGGGUGCAACUCGACUAACCUGACGAGCCCUUCACCCCUUAUCGUGUAUCUCCCAAACUACCCUUACAUCUACGCCUCCAACAUCUCCACCUUCCAGAUGGCCAUCAAGUCCGGUCAGCGAGAUGCCAUCAUCCAGAAUGGCUGGGCCGUCGCCACGCAGCUCAACGCCACUCGCGAUGCUGACUGGCCUGUCUGCGUCGGCUGUGCCAUGCUGUCCCGCAGCUUUGAGCGCACAAAGACGGCCGUGCCGGACAAGUGCAAGCAGUGCUUCACACGCUAUUGCUGGGACGGCAGCCUCAAUGAGACAAAAGCCGCUCCGUACGACCCCAAUUACUUCAGCACCCCUAUCGAAGUGAAAAGCGCCGCCAGCGCCCUGGUUAAAGCCCCGGCCAUUGCCAUGUCUUGUGUAUUCAUCAUGGGCCUUGCAUUUGCCUUGUGA